AUGCCUAACAGUGUCCGUCCCAGUCCCCCCAAGGAUGCAGAUGAUGCGCCUUGCGAGAAGCAUCUUCGCCGGUCCUCUCGCCGUGCCGCGUCCAGCAUCGUCGUCAAGGCACCGGAAGCGUUUGUCGAAUCGCCAUCCACGAGCAGCCCAAACGAGCCACGACGGAACCCCAAGCGCAAGGCCGCUGAGGCAGCAACCGAGGCAUUGAAUCUCCCUGACAAUCUGUUGGACGAGGCACUACGGCCGCUCACAGCAGCGGACGUCGAAGAGUGGGAGGGCUGGGUCGAGCUUGAAUCCGAGCCUGCUUUCUUCAACACGAUUCUCCAUCAUCUUGGGGUCAAAGACGUCAAGGUGCAAGAGCUCUUCAGCAUCGACCAGAGCUGGCUAGAUACACUGCUAAAACCGAUAUAUGGCUUGAUAUUCCUGUUCCAGUACACUCCUGAUGUGGACGAAGGCGAAGGCGAAGACGAGACGGGCUCAUUAUGGUUCGCAAAUCAGACUACCAACAAUGCCUGCGCCACAUUCGCCUUGCUCAACAUCGUCAUGAACGCCCAGGGCCUCGAAUUGGGCGACCAGCUCCGCGAAUUCAAGGAAGCAACCAAGAACAUGAACACAGUGCUACGUGGACACGAGAUCAGCAACAACAAAUUCAUGAGGAGCAUCCACAACUCAUUCACCAGGCGCAUGGACCACCUCAACGUUGACCUGUGCUUGGAAAACGCCGUGUCGGACACCAAGUCGAAGAAGGCCAAGACAGGAGGAUCCCGAACCACCAAGAAGGCAAGCAGGAAGAAAAGAGCCGACGAUGAUUAUGGGUUCCACUUCAUUGCCUAUGUCCCUGUCGAUGGCUAUGUUUGGGAGCUGGAUGGGCUUCGGAGCAAGCCACACCGCAUAGGACGCAUCGGGGACGACGAAACCUGCUGGACAAACAUUGCUCGACCCCAAAUCGAGGGCCGUAUACUACAGUACGAGGAGAGUCAAAUAUCCUUCAACCUCCUCGCCUUAUGCCAACGCCCCGUCACCCUCCACACACGUUCCAUCAUCGAAGCAGCCGCAUCAAUAGCCCUCCUCAAGGAGCACCUCAAGCACGACGGCAGUUUCACACACUUGGUCAACAAGCAACCACCGGUCUUGGACGUGGGAAAUCCAGCGGACCUGGCCGAGUUCAAUCUCCGUCCAUCUGACUUUGAGAGUGCAGUAUUGGGGGAGACUGUAAAGGCCAGGAUAUCGCGUGCUGCAUCUGACUCUGAGCAAGCUUGGGCUUUGUAUGAGCAGUUUGUCGUCGACCUCAAGGUCGCAAUUGGGGAAUACAGAGCCGAGAUCAUCUCGCUAGCUGUUGACGAACAACGGGUCAAGGAUCGCAAAAAGGAUUACGGGCAGGCUCUGCACAGAUGGGUGCAGAAACUCGCAGAAAAGGGCGUUCUACAGGAGAUGAUUGAGAAUUCAUAG